AUGGGGUGGAGCCUGGGUAUCAAUGGGGGCCCAAAGAAAAAGUCCACUGGCAGCGGUGGCAAAAAGAAACCCAGCAAAGCCGAUCGGCUGAGGAUGCAGAGAGAGGAGGAGGAGCGGAGGCUGUUCGAGGAACGUACGGCCCGCUUACGGGCCGAGCGAGAAGAAGCUGAAAGGCUCGAGAGGGAACGGAUCGAAAGAGAGAAAACGGAACGACUGGAGGCCAAAGAUCAAGAGCGGCGAGGGCUUGAACUGGCUGAACUUAGUGUCAUGGAAGAAAAGUUUUUGAUCGCAAUCCGGUGGAAAGCGGAGUUCCGAGCCUCCGCUAAGUGGAGUCAUUACAUGGCCUGUGAUGGGAGCCCAGACCCGACGGUCCCCCAGGAAAUCAACACAUUCAUGAGCUUGUGGCAAGAAGAUAAGAACAACAAUAUUCAGGUCGUUAUGAAGAAGGGGAACAGAGUGCUGGAGUUAAUCCAGAAGCUACAGUUUUCCAUCCUGGAUGCUCCUUAUGAAGAGCUGACUUCAGCAGAUGUGGCACGAUACCAAGAAACCAUUCAAAAACUGCAGGCUCUCCUUCAUCAGAAAUACAAGGAAGCAACAGAACAAAUGCUGAAGCAAGCCAGCAGUUAUGCUGAAUCCGAGAGUGGAAACAUGGAGGUGGUGAUUAAAGACGCAAAUGUCACAUUGUGCAUUUGGGCAAAUCUCAAGAAGAACCCAAGGUUCAGAUACCAAAUAUUUCGCGAUGAAGAGCGAAAGCCAAUAAAUGGCUUUCAGCUCCCCAAACCCCUGGCCAUCUGCAACAUCGCAGUUUGCAUCUUGCACACUCAUUACGACCAUCUGUCCCCCUUGGAGUCUUUUCCAACAGAGCCCCCGAAGCUGGAUUUUCUAGCCCGCGGUCCUCCUGUCAUUGCGAUCGCUGAGGUGAAGGAAGGAGAAGGGGAUAACAAAGGGGCUGAAGAGGCAGCUUUGGAAAUCCACCCUGGGCAAUCUACGCAUACCGUGAAGACACACAUGAGUGCUGUCUCCUGCAAAGAAAUGAAAAAUACAGUGGUGGAGGAAAUGCCAGCAGAGGUCUACGAGAGAAAAUCCCUCCUCUUGCGCUCUAUUUCCAGAGCUCAGCUUUCUGCAUUGCAUUUCCCUGCGAUCAGUGAAGGGCCACCGACGGAAGACUUUGUUGUGGAUUUGCACCAGUUCAUGUCCGUGGGCGGCGUCUACCAUUUUGAUGCCCUGACGCUUCCGCCCCAAGCCAAACACGUGAAAGGGUGGACCAUGGUGGAGGUGCUGGAUACCGGUUUGGAGAGCUAUCCCUACAUCGCGAUGUGCGACGAAUCCGAGGAUACCUCUUUCUACCUCAUAGGGCUCACUGUCAGCCUUCUCGACAGCGUGAUUUUCUUUGAAGAGCCUCUGAUUGGAAGAUGGGAGCCCAAAGGCAAAUACUGGCGAACGGACUCGGUCGGGGACGUGGUCUAUGACAUGAAGGAGAAGGAGAUCUCUUUCAAGAUGACCAGCUUCGGCACCAUCACCUUGCUGCAAGAUGCUCAUAUCAACAUGCCUUACCAGUCAUGGGAGCUCCGGCCCCACGGUCCUGACCAAGCCGUCCUCAUGGUCCUCACCACUUUUGCUGAGGUGCAGAUUCAGAUUGAGAAAAACCAGUGCAUGCUGAUAUCGGUGACCACAAUGGAGGACGCCGAUCUCCUCAGCAACUUGAGAGGGAAAUGGAUGCCUCCGCUGGCUCUCGCCUAUGCUUUGAGGCAGGCCGGAAUGAACAUCUUCCCAGCCGAAUACUCAUCGAAGUACGUCAGCCUGAACCGAAAAAUCCUUGACGCAGAACUCACCUGCUACCAGCAGAUGGCGCUUGUCGCGUCCGCUUUUGCCUUCGGCUGGAGCAAGUGGAACUGGCAUUGUGGAGAGGAUCAAAUUGUCUUUAAGGCUUGUGAACACAUGGACCAGGAAGCUGCCAAGUACAAAUGGGCCCUGUACAUGUUCAAUGGGCAGAGGGCUCAGAAACUCAAGAUCACCGAGGACAGCGAGACCUUCUCCAAAGCCAUAGCAGAAGAGUCGGAAUUCCACUCCACGCUGUUCCACCUGUUGAAGGACACCGCCUGCGAAGCCGCGCUGGAGAGGGCGCAGAACGCCCACCACCUUUUCGUCGACUCUGUGUACCAGCUGCUGUUGGCCACCAGGGUCCUGACGUACGCGUGA